AUGGAUGAAGAUAGUCGUAUACUUAUUGAUGAUGUUACUUGUUUGUCAAAUGAUGGUUAAAUAGAUGAAACAUAAAUUAAAUAAUACAAAAAAUAAAAGUUAUUGGGAGUUGGUUCUUAUGGAAAGGCUUACCUUGUGACAUCAGAUGAUGAAAAUUAAAUUAACUAUGUUAUGAAAGUCUUACCUUAAUCAGCUUCAGCAAAAUAAGAGGCUUCUAUCUUACAAAAUUUAAGACAUGAAAAUAUUAUCGAAUAUGUUGAAACAUUUAUAGAUAGUAAGAAUAGAUUAUGCUUAAUUAUGGAGUAUGCUAAUAGUAUUUUUAUUAAAAAUAAUAUCAAUAGAUGGGACAUUAGGAUAAUACUUAAAAUCAAGACAAUAAUAAAUACCUGAAACUUAAAUUAUUGAUUUGUUCACAUAAUUAUGUUUAGCUAUUCAAUAUGUACAUUCAUAGAAAAUCAUCCAUAGAGAUAUAAAAGCAGAAAAUGUAUUUUUACAUGAAACCAAAUUGAAAUUAGGGGAUUUUGGAGUAGCAAGAUCUGUUUAAAAAACACUUGCAACAACUUUUAUUGGAACUCCUUAUUACUUAUCCCCUGAAAUCAUACAAAAUUAACCUUAUUCUUAUAAGAGUGACAUUUGGGCUUUAGGCGUAUUACUUUAUGAAAUGUGCACUUUUAAAUAUCCUUUUUAAGCAGAAUCAUUACCUGCUCUUGCUACUAAAAUAGUGAAAGGAAAAAUUUAACCUAUCAGUGCACAAUUCUAUUCAUAAAAUAUGAAAAAUUUAAUAUAAAAUCUAUUAUAAAUUGAUCCUAAUAAGAGACCAAGUAUAGAAUAAAUUUUAUGUAUAAAUUAAUAUUUUAUUUAUUAGAAAAUAUAUUAAUUUAAAAUAGAAUUAAAUAAUUAAAUAUUAAAUAGUAACCCAUAACAAAAACGGCAAAUUCACCAAUUUAAAGUAUUAUAAAUUUUUAAUCUAGACAAAUAGCAACACUAUAUUAUUAUUAAAAAAGAUGAAUAUAAAAAAUAAAAAUAAUUAACAAAAGAUGAGUAAUCUAAGGCUAUUAAAUAAGAUGUAUAAAAAAAAGUAAUUUUUUAUAUAUAUUAGUAGAAAUGUCUUUAAUAGAAGCCUUAAGAAGUGAUUGUUGAAUUGUUUGGUCAAUUGAAAAAAUAAGAGUAAAUUUCAAAGAAUGUGAAAAAAAAAGAUAUUCCUGUUGAAAUCUAUCUGCCUUUUAUGUCACAAAUUGAAUAAAAACAAUAACAGAUAAAUUCUGCUUAAGAGAAAAUGGAAGAAUAAUUAAUCUAAUCGCAAUAAUUAAUAUAAUAAUAAUAAUAGCGAAUUGAUGAUCAAAAUAAUAAUAAAAGUUGUAAAUAUAUAUUAAAAUAAUAAGCUCAAAAAUAAAUUCCACGACUUACUUAUGAAAAAGCUGAAAAAAUAAGAUAAGCUUUAGAGAAAGGAUUCGGAUCAGACUAGUUUUUAAAUAUUUAUAACACAUUUAGAAAUUUAAGAGAAAAAAACUCACUUGAAGAAAUUGCAAAAUAAUAUGGCCCAAACAAUUACAGAGAUUUAAUUCCAAAUAUUUAAUAAGAAUUUAUACCAGAAUUAUUACCAAGUUUAUUUCUCUUACUCGAAUUUGAUUUAGAUGAAUGA